CACUGAAUUCGAUCCAUCUUCCAGAAUGUACAAGGGAGUUCGACUGAAUGGUCCACUGCCGAAGGAUUUUCAUGAGGACAGUGAUAUCCAGACGUUUGUCAGUAAAAUGGGUGAUGACAUCCUCCAUCGAUUUGAGAAUCUUGCAGAACCGCCUAUCUGCCACUUUAAGGCAUUUGAUACAAGAACCUAUCCUUCACAGUUAAAACCUUUAGCUGUCCACGGCAACGAGUCAGUUCAAGCACUGUGUGACUAUUACACUUAUCUGUUGACUGCAGAAGAGAGGGCUGCUAUACCCAGUGAAUUCCAGAAUCUCAAAGUGAGAUAUUCAAUGACAGGAGGUGGACACCCUCUUGGGUUCCUGAUAGAUAUUCUUAAGGACAGUUCUAAGAGGUUUUCCAACAUUGCACGCCUGAUAGAGUUGAUGUUGUGCAUUUCACCAUCUACAGCUGCUUGCGAAAGGGCCUUUUCCACCAUGAACAUUGUAAAAACACCAACCAGAAGUGUACUAAAGCAAGAAAACCUUGUCAACCAGAUGAGAAUUGUUCUUUGUGGACCUGAAAUUAAGGACUUUGAUCCAAGUUCUGCUGUGCUUCAUUGGUUUUCAAGUGGACAAGGAAGCAGAAAUUUAACAUACAAACCAAGACAACCUAAGGAAACUGUGUGUGAGCCAUCUACUAGUCAAGUUACACAGGGUUCAAGUAUCAGUGACACUGAAAAACUUGCUCAUGACGUUUUUAAUAAACUGAGUGAAGAGCAGAGGCUAUUGGUCAAAGAAAAAAUGUCAAAAAACCAGUGCAGUUUUCAGUGA